AUGGGAAAGAACACUGUGGCAGACUGCAAUGAUCUCUUUGAGAGCUUCGGUCAUGCUGAUAUAGAUCAUAGUGUUACCAGCAAGAAUUCCAUUCCUGUGACUACUUCCUCAUCUUCCCGAGGAGCAAACCAAGUUGUUUUGGACUCAAAGGUAGCAUCUCAACUUGAUUAUAUCACCAAAGAGUUGCUAGAAAUUAAGAAGAAGGUCGAUAGGUGCGAAGUUUGUAGAGGUGGUCAUGACACCGUAGAUUGCCCAACACUUACCCUAGAACAGGUAGAGUAUAUAGCAGGUCAAAAUAGGGGUCCAACUAACUCGUUUAACAAUAGCAACUCUAAUUGGCGUGCUAAUAAUUAUCGCUCUUCAGGUAAGUUUGCUAGUUCAGGUUCAGGGGGACAGUUCAGAAGUGAGGGGUCAAACCAAGAGGUUCAACCUAGGAAUGAGGGGUCAAAUGGUAGUUUAUCUAGGAUAGAGGAUCUUCUUACCCAUCUAGUGGUUAAGGACCACGCCACCCAACGUACCUUAGAAGAACACGCUACAUUCCUAAAGAAUAACCAUUCAAAUUUCUUAGACCUUCAAAGGCAAGUUAGGGAUAUUGCACGCCAGUUGCAAGAACGACCUCUCGGUCAAUUUUCGGGAACAACAAAGCCCAAUCCAUCUGGCACUUUGAAGGCAAUUUUGACCCGCAGUGGUAGGACCUUAGAUGAGGUAGUGAGACCUGAGAGUGUUGAGGUAGAAGAUGAGGAGCCCGUAGAUGAAGAGAUUGAGAUGGAGGCUCCCGAAAUCUUUAAGCAACUUAGAAUCAACCUUCGUUUCAUAGAAGCCCUCCAAUCGAUACCUAAAUAUGCAAAAUUCUUAAAGGACCUUCUAAAACGUAAAGAUAGGUUAGGAGAGGUUUCUAACAUUCCCCUUAGUGGAGGGUGCUCCGUCGUAGUCUUGAACAAGGUCCCGGAAAAAUUGACGGAUCCGGGCCUUUUUACCAUUCCAUGCUUGUUUGGGAGUCAUACCGAGUGUAAGGCCCUAGCCGAUUUAGGAGCGAGUAUAAACCUCAUGUCAUAUUCCAUGAAUGAGAGGUUAGGUCUAGGAGAGUUAUCCCCUACAUGUGUGUCUUUGUCCUUAGCCGAUAGAUCAGUGAAGUAUCCACGUGGCAUAAUCGAAAACCUUCUAGUUAAAGUGGAUAAAUUCGUUUUUCCCAUUGACUUUGUCGUUCUUGAUAUGGAAGCCGAUGAGAAGGUUCCUAUCAUUCUAGGACGCCCAUUCUUGUGUACCGAGAAGGCUAUCAUCGAUGUCUUCGAUGAGUCUUUCUUGUCAUGUGUUGACCAUUGCUUUGACUAUAUUAGUGGAGCCGAUUUAGUUGAGGGUAAGUUAGAUGAGGUAGUUGAGAAAAUAGAGGAAGUUGUGAGUGAGAGUGAGGAAGGAGAAGCGACCGACUAG